AUGUCCUUACGAAGGUCACAAGCCAAGAGGAGGCAGCAGCAGGGUGAGGGUGGAUCCUCCAACGUCUUCUCCAUGUUUGAGCAGAGCCAGAUCCAGGAGUACAAGGAGGCUUUCACCAUCAUUGACCAGAACAGGGACGGGAUCAUCAGCAAGGACGACCUGAGGGACGUGCUGGCCACCAUGGGACAACUCAACGUCAAGAACGAGGAGCUGGAAGCCAUGGUGAAGGAGGCUAGCGGCCCCAUCAACUUCACCGUCUUCCUCACCAUGUUCGGCGAGAAGCUCAAGGGUGCUGACCCUGAGGACGUCAUCGUGAGCGCUUUCAAGGUCCUGGACCCCGAGGCUACCGGCUCCAUCAAGAAGGAAUUCCUUGAGGAGCUCCUGACCACCCAGUGCGACAGGUUUACCGCAGAGGAGAUGACCAACCUGUGGGCCGCGUUCCCCCCCGACGUCGCCGGCAACGUCGACUACAAGAACAUCUGCUACGUCAUCACACACGGCGAGGACAAAGAAGAGUAA